AUGUUUAGGUGCUGUUUGGGGAUCCCACAGCCCUUGUCAGCAUUUGCCGGCAGGAUAUGGCGCCUACUUCGGGCGCUGAACCUGGCCGACACAUUGAGGAUAUUGGUGGCGCUGUGGAUCGCAUACUCUUUUGGGCGGGCAGCCCUCCGACGUGCAUCGGGCGUCACCGGUGGUGACAAGCAAGGCGGUCGGCGGCGGCGCCGACCGACCACCCCGAUCGGCCCUGACGAAACUUUGGGCGAGGACAUUUUUUCGGACCUUACGGCCAACCGUUGUUUGGAGCUAACAUCCCGACUGCCUGGCAGCAUUGCCAAAAUUUUCCGGCAAUCUGGAGAUGGUGAGGGUUGGUCCGGUUUUUGCUCAGUGUGCAAGAGGCCGCUGGAAGUCAAAAUCGUGGAUCGCAGCCGUGCUCAGCGAGCGAACGAGGUGGCUCCACAUCGGCGCGGGCGCUAUGCCUUCGUAAUUUGCUUGUGGGGCUCUUCCAAGGACUAUGUGCUUGGCGCCUUGGUGCUGGGAUAUUCCAUCAAGCGGACCAAGACGCAGAACACAUUGGUUUGUCUGCAUGCCGACGAUGUUCCGCCAGAGUAUGUUGAGCUGCUGCAGUUGUUUUGGGAAUGCCGCGUGGUGGACCAUAUCGAGGUGAAAGCAGCCCGGAGACUUAGCACGGAUGACUACAUCGAGGAGUCGAGGUUUUUCAAAGUCUUUACGAAGCUUCGCGCGCUGGAGCAGACAGACUUUGAGAAGGUUCUCGUCAUGGACAUCGACUUGUUAGUGCUGUCCAACAUCGACGACUUGUUCCAGUUCCCGGCUCCAGCUGGAAUGAAGCGUGGGAUGAACAAGGGCCGGUGGCCAUACAAGCACGGUGACGAUAUCGACGGCAACACGUUCUUCGGAGGUCGCAACCCAGGCAGUGCGCACUCUUGGGGUCAAGGAACCGGCAUCAACGCGGGGGUGAUGCUGCUCGAGCCCAAUGCUGCCGAGUUCCAGAUCAUGCAGGAGGAACUUCUGGAGCCUUACCAUCCAGCACAUGUCCGCGGAAAUGGACCCGAACAGGACUACCUGAGCCGGUUCUGGGCCGACCGACCCUGGCGCCAUAUCUCAGUCGAAUACAACUACCAAAUCCAUCAUCUCUACAACGCCCUCCACCCAAUGCUCGGUGAUGUGGAGCGGCUUAAG